AUGGCGUUGGGGGAACUAUUUCUCUCAGCAUUCAUUCAGGUUCUAUUCCAGCAGCUGGCCUCGGCAGCAACCAUGGCUCUAGCCCGCCGUGAAAAAGUCGAGAGCCAUUUCAAGAAGCUAAGCCAGAGCCUCACCAUCAUCCAGGCCGUCCUAGACGAUGCUGAGGAGAAGCAACUUACCGAAAAAUCCGUGAAAGUUUGGCUGGAAUCCCUGCGCGACUUGGCAUACGAUCUAGACGACCUUCUGGACGAGAUCACUACCCGAGCCCUGGUCCAAGACUCGGAGGAACAUUCCCAAAACUGCAACCGAACGAGCAAAAUCUGGAGAUUCAUCCCCACUUGCUCUAGCUACAUGCCAGGCACUCUCGUCUCAAAUUACCGCCUCAUGUCCAGAAUAAAGGAAACCAAUAGCCGACUGCAGAACAUUGUGAAACAGAGAGUCGAACUAAAUUUGCAGGAGAACGUGCGCAGCUCAUGCACCCGGUCAACCGUUCCUAGACUGCCGAGCACAUCCUUAGUCAACGAGUCAUACGUGUACGGACGAGACGAGGAUAAAGAGAAAGUUAUUAGGAAAUUGCUAGCCAACGAGGAUGAUAAUGACGACAUUUCCGUGAUCCCGAUAGUCGGGAUGGGCGGAAUCGGGAAAACCACACUCGCCCAGAUCGUGUACAACGACAGGAGUGUCAAGGACAGUUUCCACGUGCGUGCGUGGGUUUGCGUGACGGAGGAGUUCGACGUGAUAACCAUCACUAAGACCGUUUACGAGUCGGUGACUGGGCUGAGCAGCCAGUCCCGUGACCUGGACACGCUCCAGGUCAGCCUCAAGGACAGGCUGGCCAAGACCCGGUUUCUCAUCGUGCUAGACGACUUGUGGAACGAGGACUACGGGAAGUGGGACGACCUUUACCGCCCGUUCCAGUUCGGGCUGCCCGGGAGCCGAAUCAUAGUCACGACUCGAAACGACAGCGUUGCCUCUGUUGUCCGGUCUCCGCGCGCGGCCUACCACAUGAAGCUGCUGACCGACGAGGACUGCCUGUCCUUGCUGGCGCAGCACGCGCGAAUGUCCUUCCACGAGAAUCUCGAAUUAAGGGAUGUCGGGCUUGGGCUGGCGAAGAAGUGCAAAGGGCUUCCUCUGGCUGCCAAGACGCUCGGCGGACUUCUGCGCUCGAAGGAGACUAAGGAAGAGUGGGAGAAUGUGCUGAGUAGCAAGAUAUGGGAUUUGCCCGAGCACCACAAUAUACUCCCCGUCUUGAGGCUCAGUUACCACCACCUCCCGUCUCACUUGAAGCAUUUGUUCGCCUAUUGCUCGAUUUUCCCCAAGGAUUACGAGUUUGACCGGGAUGAACUCGUGCUCCUGUGGAUGGGGGAAGGGUUUCUCGAGCAGCCGAACCCGAGGGUGCGCAAGGAGGAGCUCGGCCUUCAGUAUUUCAACGAGCUGCUGUCGAGAUCCUUUUUCCAGCGGCUAGGGGGAAGUGACUCGUGCUUUGUCAUGCACGACCUUAUAAACGACCUGGCACAGUUUGUGGCGGGGGGGACUUGCUAUCGGCUGGACGAAAAAAUGGACACCAGUCAGGAGUAUCGCGUGCCUGAGAAGGCCCGUCACGGCUCAUUCCUCCGCCACGAGUACGAGGUUCUCCAGAAAUUCCGCACUUUCUAUCAGGUCCAGGGCUUGAGGACAUUUCUGCCUAUGCCUGUACAAAACUCCCUCGUUUGGCCUCCAUUUUACCUCUCUAACCGUAUUCUGGUCGAGUUGGUGCCGAAACUCGGCAGUCUCAGAGUGUUGUCCCUCAGCGGCUAUUCCAUAACCGAGCUUCCUAGCUCCAUCUGCAACUUGCUGCAUUUACGCUACCUCAACCUGUCCGGGACCUCGAUUGUCACGUUGCCCGAUACUUUGAGCGGUCUUUUCCAUCUGCAGACUUUGUCUUUACGUAACUGCCGAUUUAUAUGCAAGCUGCCUCCUGCACUGGGGAGCCUCUCGAACUUGCGGCAUCUGGACAACUCAAACACCGAUCAGCUGAAGGAUAUGCCGGUCGAGAUCGGUAACCUGAGGAAUCUCCAGACUCUGCCGAAAAUUGUUCUCAGCAAAGAAGGAGGCUGCUUAGGGCUGAAGCAACUGCGGGACAUGAGGCAUCUACGCGGAUCCCUGGCCGUUUUCGAGCUUCAGAAUGUGAUGGAUAUCGAGGACGUGAAGGAGGCCAACUUUAGAUGCAAGAACGAUCUCGACGAGUUGCAGCUUUCGUGGGGAAGCGAGAUCGACAACUCAAACAACGACAAAAUUCCGGAGGAGGACGUGAUCGACCAUCUUCUACCACACGAGAACUUAAAAAGCCUCAAGAUCGAGUUCUACAGAGGAUUGAACUUCCCGAGCUGGAUCGGUGAUCCCGCCUUCCGUAAAUUGUCGAGCAUAAUUAUCGGCAACUGCUCGGAGUGCUCGUCCCUUCCGCCUCUCGGGCAGCUUCCCGAACUCAAACACCUACGAGUCGGGGGCAUGCCCAAAAUUAAACAGGUGGGGACCGAAUUCUACGGGACGGGCACCAUCGUAACCCCAUUCCCGAAACUCGAGAAUCUAAGAUUCGACAAUAUGCCCGAGUGGCAAAAAUGGGCCGGCCCCAUCGAGUUCCCUAAUUUGCAACACCUCUCGAUUUUCAAAUGCGGGAAGCUGGCCGAAGUCUCUCCGCUGACCUUCCCUUCUCUUCGCACAUUGGACGUUGAAGAAUGCGGCAUGGUCUUGCUUGAAAGUUUCUCGGGCUUGGAGUCCCUCAACUACCUUAAAAUCGAGUCCAUUUUCGGCCUUUCUCAUCUGCCAGCCGAGGUCAUGAAGUCCCUGGUGGCACUCGAGGUCCUAGAGUGCUGCAGCUGCAGCGAACUCCUUUCCUUGUGGCCCGAAGGCGUCCACCUGUCCCGCCUGAGGCGCCUCGUCAUCGCCAGCUGUCCCCAGCUCGUGUCGCUAGGACAGGGGGACCAUCAGCUCCCGCCGAACCUCGAAGUCCUCGAAUUAUUCCGUUGCGCGAACCUCGACUCUCUCCCGAACAACCUGAGCGAACUGGAGUCCUUACGUGAGCUGAUCAUCAAAAACUGCCAGAAAUUCGUCGCCUUCCCCGAAAACGGCAUUCCGAGAACUCUCAAGCGUCUCGAGAUACUGAGCUGCAACUCUCUAGAGUCCCUUCCCGCCAACAUAUCCGGACUCGAGCGCCUCGAGAUCAAGGAGUGCUCGUCGCUCGGGAAGUGGGCGGUGGCCCAUUUCCCGGCCACGCUCAAGAAACUCUCGAUCAAGAACUGCGCGCAGCUCGAGACCGUCACGGAGGGGAUGUUUCCGGAAGGAAGUGGUGGCAUGCUUCUAGAAGAUCUGAGCUUAUGCAACUGGACGAACUUUAAUAAUCUGCUCGAGAGGCUGCACGGGUUCGCGCACCUCGUCGAGCUUUACCUCUCGAGCUGCCUUCGACUGAAGCACUUUCCAGAAAACGGCCUGCCUUCGGGCCUCCGAGCGCUAUCGAUCGAGGACUGCCCGAGUUUGAAGUCUUUGCCGGCGAAAAUCCGAACCAUGAAAUCGCUCGUUUCGCUCGAGCUGAGGAGCUGUCCGAGGCUCGAUAAUUUUCCGAGGUUCGAUCUGCCGCCGAAUUUGACCUCGCUCAGGAUAUGGGAUUCUAAGAAAUUCAAGCCUCUUUCAAAGUGGGGCCUACACAGGCUAGCUUCACUCAGAGAGUUCUCAAUCUGCGGUGGAUUUAAGGAGGUCGAGCUGCUUGGGGAGGACGACUGUCUGUUUCCUCCUUCUUUAAUAAAAUUCUCGAUUGCUAGAUUUCCGAAACUCGCUUCGCUUGGUAAGGUGCUUGAAAAUCUCACGUUGUUGAGGCACUUGUUGAUUAUGAACUGCCAGAAUCUUAACGUUUUACCUGGGGAAGCGCUGUUAGAGAAGCUGUGGCAUCUGGAGAUAAGCGAUUGUCCGCUUCUCAGGCAAAGGUGUGCAAAGGACAAGGGAGACUAUUGGCCGAAGAUAGCUGGGAUUCCAUGUGUGGAGAUUGAUGGGACUUAUGUUUAUAAACAGGGUUCGGAUUAUGAGGAAAGUGUGACAUACACCCUAUUCUAAUAGUGUGAAUUUCAUCAGGAGAGAAAAGUCCACAUAUUUUUUUUCUCUUUCGUUUCAAAAGAGUAAUCCAUAUAAGAAUUGGGAGGAGAUAUAAACCUCAAAGGAGCUGAAAGACUCGAGGUUUGGUAGCCGAACACCACUUUUAAAGCGUGAGAGCGAGGGUGCAAAUAGGUUCCACUGCGACAGGUCAUCAUUUUUCAAUAUUUUUUACAUUCAUUAUUACCACACAUUCUGAUUCGAAAUAAGUUUCUGGGCAGCAUUUCACUGUUGGCAAUGAAAUCAAGUGAAAUAAACUGUGUAUUAGGUACAAUAUUGCCUGAUAAUGGAUUGAAUAUUCAUCUUUUGGGUAGUUGCCUUUGGUCUAGUUUGUCACUUAGAGCUGAAAUUUCCUAGUAUGGUUUACUUAGCUGACGAGGUUUUCUUGGUGUUUGCUUGUCCGGAGAUUCACCAUUUUUGGAAGGACCUUGAAAUACUAAUAUCCAGAUAAUGACUGAGUACCUAAAGCACCACUUUAACAAGUUAAAGUGAAAUGAUGAUCCACCUUCUUAUUGAGCAAGUAGCGAAUUCCAAAG